CUACCAUGGCCAGCAUCGCACCUCCAGAUCUCGCCAGCCUGCUGGCCCCGAUCCUCCCGGCCCUGCCAGCCGCCGCCGUAUCGACCGAGCCCGCAACGGGCAUCCUGCCGCUCCUCUCGCCCAUCCUGAGACAGCGCGUGAACCUCUUCUCCUCCUCCAGCACAGAGCCCUGGCUGAAGCUGCUGUGCUACGACUCGGCCAAGGCCGCCAAGCUGGUCGAGCUGGUGCAGAGCGGCUGCCUGGAGCCCCAUCCCGUCUCGGGCGAGGUCGAGGUCGACUGGAGCUACGAUGCCCAGACGAGGUACCGGAGGCUGGACCCGGAGACGCUGCAGGCGCUGACCGUCCUGUCCGAGCUGGGGGGCCUCGCGUUCCAGCUGGUGUACUGCGUCAACGAUGCCGCGGGGGGCGGCGACGGCUGGAGGGUGGGAGAGAUGACGCUGGCCGACAAGGCCGCUCCCUUUGCGCAGUUCGGCGGCGUGCCGACCAUUGCGGAGGCGGAAGCCAAGUUCAAAGAACCCAAACCUGCCGCGACCUACACCACCACCACCACCAACAACAACAACGGAUCGACCACCAGCAGCGAAGACCUGAUGGACGACGAUGACGACGACGACGGAUACUGGGACCGCUACGAUGCCACGCCCGCGCGCACUCCCGCCAACAAUCGCUCCCCAGCGCCUCGAGCCGGUGCCAGCGCUCCUGCUUUCGCUCCUGCAGCUCAGGCCGCCCCCGCCAUGGACAACCACGACCCAGACGAGGAAGCUCUCCUGCGCGCACACGUCCAGCCACCCCUUGGCCUCGGCAGCAGCCGCGCUGCAGCAGACCCCAGCAGCGAAACCCGCAGCUCCUGGUCCUCCGCCGCCGCCGCCGAAGCAGACAACAACAGCCUCAGCAACAGCAGCCCGAAGAAAGCAGCAGCCGCCGACCUGCUGCAGCCGUCCGCCCAGGAGCUCGCCCUCCUCCACCCCCGUCCCGAAUCCAGCGCCAGCUCCAACGGCUCCAACACCGUCGCCCGGCUGGAGGCCUCCGCGGGCAAGCAGGAGCAGAACGAGUUUGGCGUCAAGCAGCACGUUUCGCGGAGUAUCCGCAGCUUGUACCUGCUUGCCCGGUCGUCGGGCAUUGAGAGGGAGGAAUUUGAGAGGCUGGUCAAGACGGAGAUGGAUAUCUUGUCGCUGAUUGAGGAUGAAGAGUGA